UUAUGUAUUUUUUUAAACAGGUGUAGUACACAGUGGAUUUCUCACUGACUUUAGAUUGGUAUCAGUCAUAGCUAUGGGUCUGUAAAAACACACUUUGAUUACAUUAACUUUUUUAAAAGUAGUGGGAGAUGAUACAGUAUGAGCCAUUGGACAGCAGGUAUUCCUCAGGGACCUAGGAUCAGCUGUGGACAGUGGAUCUCACCAAUCAGAACUCAUGCAGGAGCACCCUGCCCAUCUUCCAAUAGCAGCACCCCAAUCCCAGCUACUGGAAACUUGCCUGCCAGCCUGCUUGGAGGAAGGAUAGCUCCUCAGAGCAGCACCAUUGACAGUCCUAUUCACUCCCCUGCCUUAAAUUCCAAGAAACGUGUGGUUAGAAAUGAGAAUGACCCUUUAUUACAAGCCGAAUCCCCAGAACUGCAAGUCCCACAGUUUUUGAAGCCAAAACAGCAAGAAUUUUCAAACGCUUUCUUCCCAUGUCCAGACAAACGAGGUCUUGAUUAUGGACACAAGGGCAAGUCCAUUGGAAAAAGCUGUGGCAACAAUGCAAUAGUCACCAGCAAUCCCAUGACAGUUCAACAGCUGGGACCUCUUUCACCUUCAGUGAAUCAGCUUUCAACAGCAUGCAGCCAGAUUAGCCCUAGCUUACAAAGGUCUAUGGAUGCUUCCAGCCUGAGUGCUUCUUCAUCAGAUACAAGGUCACUCUUGUCAUGUGAGACUCAAGCCUCUACAACAAUAAGCUUGUCAGAAGGUCACUCUGCUCUGAGUAUUGAACAAGAGUGGUCACAUAGGUACAGGACAUUUUCUUCUGCUCCUCCUGACCAUGGUUUACAAAAUGGCAGUGAGCUGGGGGACCUAAUAAAUUGUUUGUCUGAAGCAUCUAUGUCCAGUAACUCAUUGCCAUCCUACUUAUAUGGCAUGGAAAAUAAGAAUUCCCCUUACUCUAGUCCUUGCCAGUCCUCAGUCUGGUGUCAAUCAGCCCGCCCCAAAAAGAGAGCACUCUCUGUAUCUCCUCUGUCUGACGGCAUUGGGAUCGAGUUCAAUACAAUCAUUCGUACAUCCCCAACUUCUCUGGUGGCCUACAUCAACAGCUCCAGGGCAUCGCCAGCAAACGUCUCCCCACAGCCUGAGGUCUAUGGACAUUUUCUGGGAGUGAGAGGAAGCUGUAUACCCCAAAACUGCUCUGUUUCAACCGCCCAGAAAGCCUUCCUCAUGGCGAAUGGCAGUGUCACUAUUCCAGGGCAUGCUGAGAAUGGGACAGGUGAGUACCAGCGGAUGCAGCAGCUGGAGCAAACCAGCUUGCAGAUGGUUGCCGCAAAUAAUAUGAUGAUCCAGCAGGGUGUGCUGCCCAUGGACAGCCAGGCGAUGGACACUCUAAAAAAUGAACAGCUGGAAGACUUCUCAGGCCCUAUUGUUGACAUGCCUCUUUCACCCCUGGUGCUGCCACCACCUCCUCCGCAAGGGCCGCCCCCGCCAUACCAUGCCCACCAGCACCGGCACCCACACGGCCUCCCCAGCCACAUCCCCCCGCUGCAGGUACUGCCUCCUGUCCCGGCUGCCCUACUGGAGGAAGAUGGAGAGCUGGAUGAUUUAAAUGGCAAGCAUGGCUGUUUCUGGGUUGACUGUGGGAAGCUGUAUGACCACCAAGAGGAGCUUGUGCGGCACAUAGAGAAGAUCCACAUAGACCAGAGGAAGGGAGAGGACUUCACCUGCUUCUGGGCAGGGUGCCCUCGAAGGUUCAAGCCAUUUAAUGCCCGGUACAAACUGCUGAUUCAUAUGAGAGUCCACUCAGGAGAGAAGCCGAACAAAUGCACAUUUGAGGGUUGCAAGAAAGCCUUUUCCAGACUAGAAAAUCUCAAGAUUCACUUAAGGAGCCAUACGGGUGAAAAGCCGUACCUUUGCCAGCACCCUGGCUGCCAGAAAGCUUUCAGCAACUCCAGCGACCGUGCUAAGCACCAGAGGACACACUUGGACACUAAACCUUAUGCAUGUGAGAUUCCAGGAUGUUCUAAGCGAUACACAGAUCCAAGUUCCCUGAGAAAACAUGUGAAAGCCCAUUCUUCCAAAGAUCAACAAGUCAGGAAAAAGUUGCGAUCAAGCUCAGAGAUUGGCCAGGACCUCCUGAAUGACUGCCCUGCAAUCCAGCCCCUCCAGCCAGCUCUGUCACCACAUGAUGCUGUAGAUAAUACCAUGGGACACUCCCCAGUGCCUGCUUGUGAUCUUUACCCAGCAGCUGUGAUCCCCAGCACACAGAUAAAUCAAAGUGGAACAGCAGCUGAGGCAGUGUCCCUGCCCCACCCCAGCAGCCACUGUUCCCCAGGACACAACAUACAAAGCAGUCCUCUGCAUCCUCCCCAGAUAGCUCUUCUUGCAGCUGCAGACUCAGAGAGGCUUGUUGCUCCAUCUCCUUCUCAUCACAUCAGCCCCCAGAGAAUGUCUAUUCAACAUCCCAUGAUGCAGAGACAGACUCCACAAUCUCCUCAGCUUCCACACCUUGCAGGGAUGCCUCUGAAGACAUACCAACCAGCAGAAAGCCCUUCUUUUCAGCCAAAUGCCCUUCACAUCCAGGGUUUUUAUGGGCAGCUUCAGACUUUCUGCCCGCCAUAUUAUGCUGACACUCAGAAGAACAUACAAGACAGUGUUUUUUGCAAUACGGUUUCUCCUGUUGACCACUCAGCUCUCACAUCAGCAGGCCAGGGAGGGCUUGGCAUUUUCCAUGGAAGUUUUUCAGAUCAUUCUGGUAUCAAAGUGUAUGAUUUUCCAGCAGGGUCUGUAGGGAUCUUUGGUGAUUCAGCUUGCAGCAUGCCAGAGGACAACAGUUUCCUACAAGUAAAUGCAGUGGAUCAUUGUUCCAGCCAGCUUUCUUCUGUAUAUACUGAAGGCUAAAGUAAUGUAUAUCUAGUUACAAGAACUUGAUUCUGUUUCAUCUUCCGUUUCUGUUAUUUCCCUACAAAUUUUUUCACUCCAUGAAACUGCCAUGUAUGUAUGGGGAUAUGACUACAUAUACAUACAUAAUGGAGAGGAAAAAAGCAAUGACCAAGCAUUCUUCAUUUAAUCAACCAGCAAACUGAGAAGGAGAAUGUUUGGAGAAAGCAAGCUUUGCCAAAACCUUACCAAUUGUUUCUUUUAUUCUUAUCUGUGGUACAGCAACUAUACUUUUUAAAUUAUUUCUUCUUUUAAUUUCUCAAAGGGAAUUCAGAGACCAAAAAGAAAACUAGUUGUUGGCUGUAAUCCUUUCAAGCUGAAUGGGUCCACUUACAGACGAACACAGCUUUAGAAAAUUCCUUUUUCAAAAAAGGAAAAGAAGUAAAACCAGAGCAUACUACAAACAUUUCAAAGGCAUACAGUUUUUGCACAACCUGUCUGCAUGUGAUAGUUCCAAAGUUUAACACACAACAGUAUCCAAAAUGGAGAGAAAUUAGAGAUAUAUAUAGGCACUACAUAUUGGAGGCACUAUUGGAGGCAUUGGUGUAGCUUCUUUUUGGAUCAACGAUUCUUGAUAGACAAUUUCUUACAGGCCUCAGAUUAGGUGUCCAUUCAUUCCCUCUUUAUUUUAAGGCACAGAAUAUGGCUAUAUUGUUUUCCCAAUAUUCAUUCUGAUCCUGUAAGCAUGAAUAAGACGGUUUAAAUACACAAGAAGUUACAUGGGCUUUGUGUCAAUUUAGUACAUCUGCCAGAUAAGCAUAAAUGCAUUUUAACGUUCAGUUGCUUUUUGAUUAUAUUGUAGAGCAUUGUUGCUAUUAUGUUCUAUAGUCUUUGGCAGGAAGGUUUAGCAUCUUUUGCAGGAAAGAUUCGUCCUUAAAUUCCACUUUUUUUUUUUUUUUAAGCUAUCUGUUCUGGUUCAAUUAAAUUUUGGUUGUCCUAAUCUUUUUCCGUAACAUAUUUUCAGAAAGAAGAAACACUAUUAAUUGUAUUAUGUUUCCUUUGGUUACCUAGAAAGAUAAAACUGGACUGGUUUGGUGGUUUUGAUUUUUCUGACCAAUGUCAGGCUCAAGGUCUUCAAAUUUAGUCCAGGAUGCAAGCAAAUUAGGUUGUCCUUCAUAAAACAUACAAGGAUAUGAGCUAAAAUCAAUAAUUUGCAUUGGGCGCGUCAUCACUGUGAUCCUGUAUGCCUUGAGAACAGCUCUUACAUUAGUAAGACUGAGGUUUUAUGUUUUAAUUCCUGUUCAUCCAUUUUGUUGACUUCUUACUGUGUAAUAUACAUCAUAAUAUUCUCAUGACCUGGUAGAGUGAGGACAGAAAAGUUCAUCCUUGCAAGCUGGACCAUAACUAUGCUUCAGAAAUAGCUCUUCUAAAAAGAUAAAAUAAAAAGGUUUAUACAACCUUUUAUUUUUUUUUUUCCUGGCAAACUUUUGAGAGUUGUUAAGUCUGAUUUGGCUCCAAUUCAUAAUUUAAUCUGCAAUUUUGUGGAAUAGAUAAAUUUAUGUCUAGAUAUUUGUGAACACUGGUGAUCUUUUGAGGUUUGUAUUCAUGAAGUAUAUUAUUAUGUGCGGACAUAUGCUUAAAUAUUUAAUGGAGAGAUUUUCAUCUGAUACAUAGAUUAUAUAUAUAAACCAUGCACAUAAAUGAAGUACAAUUAGAAAUUACUAAAAUGCAGCUAAUUCUGUGCUAAAUUCUUCCCCAUAUAUUCUGCUUCUCACAUCACAAGAGAAUGUGUCCCUCUGCUCCAGCUUGCACUAAGAGGUCUAGACAUUACCAUAUGUGAUUUGCAUUGCAUUAAAUGCCACCAGGCAUUCUUCACAGCUAUACACAUGCCAUCAAAAAGACAGUCCUUUUGCAUAAAGUGCAUUGACUGCAAGUUUUGCUUUUUAAUAAAGCUUCAAUUUUGUACUACCUUAAAGCCCAUUCUGUGACCACUGCACAAGCAUAACUUGGUUCAGUAGGAAUAAUUAGUCACACUGAACACUUCAAUUUCAAAUGUGUGGAAUUGUGUUUUGUUCCACCAAAGUCAGCAAGAAUCAGACUAAGUGUUGACAUAUGCAUGUACCUAUAUACGUUCUUAUAUAUAAAUCCUUCAAAAUUCUUUUAACCACAUGAUUGUCCAGAAUUUGUCCAUUGCUGUUUACAAAACUGAAAUAUUGUUGUUGUCUUCAGAUCUCUACCACCUUGACUUUUAAACUUUUUGAAAUAUUUUUUCGAGUAUCUGAAUGUACAAGUUCUGUAGAGUUGGGGAAUUAUACAUUUUGAAACAUGCUGACCAAAGGGAAAGUGGGAGUACAGAAUUCAAAAAGGGUAUUUUCAACUUGGGGGUUCAUCAGUUAUAUUUUAAAAAGGAAACUUUUGCAAGUCAUUAAUUCAUUUCUUCACAUACAUAUACAUAUAUAUAUAUUUACAACUUUCCAUGAGCCUUAAUCCUAAAAAGAAGGCCCUAGAGAACAGUCAAAUCAAGCACAAGAAUAUGGGCUACCAGUCUGUAAAAAGGUAUGCCUUUGUUUACUUCUCAUUCAGAGGCAAAGAGGAUUUUCACUAUUAUUUCAUUAUUCUCUUUGGAGUUGGACUGACUUCAAGGCAUCAAUUUAAUCACUGAGGGCAAUUGCAUUAAAAGCCCCAUUGUAUUUCAUGUAUAUUGGAUAUUUAAAUAGGGAAUCCUGUUUGUCACAAUGGUGCUUGAGAAAAUACAAUUUUGUGGGUUAUCUGCAUAACUGAGUUACUUGCAAAUACUUGUGCCUCAGUGAGUUUUGUGUUGUUAUUCUCAAUGCUGUAUUGUUAAUGUUCUAAAGGGAUUCAUAUCUAAGAGAUGAAGUUAUUUUAGAAUACGGACAUUAAACAAUAUUCAAAAUAAAUUAUUUACAAUUAUUCUUUUAUACAAUUUACCUCUUUCCUGGCUCAGUGUCUAUUUAUAUCUGCAUUAGAAAUGGUUCUACACUGGAGUAUAAAAUCGAAUUGCAAAGUGCAUGUGUACAAGUGGAAGUGUAUGAGAGUGCACAUGUGGAUUUGGGGUUCCCUUUCUAUGUGUGUGUACACACAAACAUAUAGGCAUUGUGGUUUACUAAUACCAGAUGCUGAAGAAUGGCAGUGCUAAGGUCAUCUGUCACACUGUAUAUUGUUUUCAGCUUUUCUUGAAAAGGUGUGAAUGAGUUUUAACUGUUUAUUCCUUGUUUUCCCUGUGUAAUUUUAUAGCAGAAUUUUUAAACGGCACUUUUUUUCUCGUUGGAAUGAAAAUUUGUUUUUGGUCUGGGGCUUUUUGUGUGUAUAUAUAUAUAUGUAUAUAUGAUGUAUAUAUAUGUAUACAUAUAUAUAUACAUCUAUAUAUAUAUAUAUAUAUAUUUCACUGAAGCUGUUAAAGCAAAACAAAAUGACCACAAAUGAAAAUUAGCUGAGUUUCUAUUUAAGAAAAAGAAAUCCUUUUGUUCUGUACAGAAAGCAGUGUCUGUACAGAAAACAGCUUCUUGUGUAAUAUUUUUUACACAAAGCACUUUGGUGAGGAGAGAAAGUGGGAUUAUGUUUUUCCUAAAGGUUACAGAGUAAUCUACAUAUUUAUAAUGCAUACAUAUAUACAUAUGAUCUUAAUUUGCCAUACUGUAUGUCUGGCUGAUAUAUCUUUAAAGAAAUGUCUGUUGCAUGUCAUGAAAAAAAAAUUCAAAAGUUAUUUUGCUCUACUAGUAUGUGUAGUUUUGUGGGGUUUUUUUUACAGCUAUUUUUCAUACAAUCAUAAUUUAUUUUUGUCCUGUUUCAUAACAUUCUGUUUUAUGUAAAAGGUAAAAGUGAAAGGUGUAUGUGCAUGGUACAAAAUAAAACUGGAAAAUUGUAACUCCAUUACAUUACCUGUAGAACAUAUUGUGAGAUGCCUUUAAAUAAAACUGCUCCAGGCACCGUCCUUCACCAUAAGACUACUAGUAUUUGUAUGGAUUCACAGAAUUAGAAACCAAAAUAGGAAACAAAUUCUUGGAGAUUUCUCAAAAAAAUCCACUGGACUCAAGAGUUUUAAGUGUGGAUUUAAUUAUUGUUUUGGUGAGGCUAGAGAUUUGUAGAGAUAAAUGAAUGUCUUGUGUCUCCAUCCAGGGUGUGUGUUUACACCCUGGGUGGAGACACAAAUAAAAGAAGAAAAUUUAAUUAAAUUUUUGUGCUAUGAUAAUUUUUAAUUUUUAUGGGUCUCUUUGGUCAUGUGAUUUGAUAGUACAACAUAUCAAGCUAUUUUGCUUUUUUGGUUAUUGUUUUUAACAUACUCAAGCAAUUAAAAUAUUUCAGAGCACUUAAUGUAAGGAAAAGAGCAUUUUUUAAAAUUGCAUUAGACACAAUGAAAACAAAAGUCAGAUACAGAAGUUGAUGCAUGCUUAUACCCAAAAUACAUCCUGAAAACCCAACAUGCUCUAGGAGAUAAGAAAUUACCUCAUACUGCACCCACAUGUUGGAUUAGAAAUCAAAGGACAAAAUACAAAAUAAAAUAAUUGAGUUUAGAAAAAUCCUGUUACAAGUUUGUAAAGCGACCUUUGAAAAGAAUGGUCCUAGUUGAUAUUACUAUGAAAUUAUUGACAUGGUUGGCUCUGUGUCAACCUUGAUCAGAUAAAAAACUACUAAGCUCACAUUCACUGACACAGAUGUGAUCCUGUAGAGUUUUGCUAAAAAUAAGCUUUGCCCAGUGCAAUCUUAUUUACCCUGCAUCUUAAUUUAAUGUAAGGAAUAUGCUUCAUGGUUUAGCAAAUGUUGUUAGUGAAUUCUCUAAGCUACCAUGAAGAAAUGACAAUUACUGAAUUCAAGUGCUCCAAAAUUCUUUUUUUUUUUUUUAAUGCAGAACUCUUAAAAUGAGAAGUAUACAAGAAGUAUACAAGUUCCACAUGCAGUGGAAAGUAACGUGGCUCAAUAUACUUCAAAGCCACAUGCUUUGUCCUGUGUUCUUGAGCUGGAUGAGUGUUUCGUGACGUCCUGCAAACUAUCCUAUAGAAAAAUAGGCAUUAUUUUGUCAUUAUGUGACAGGUAUAUUCCUCCAAAGGACAAUAGUUUCUGAAUGAAAAUUGUCUAAACUUUUUAUUUGAUUAAGUGUUGGUGUUUGGGGUUUUCCUGUUUCAGAACAGAAUCAUUUUUUGAAACAUCAGAAAUUCUUACAAGAUAAAAAUUUGGGGGGUGGGAGAGAUUAUGCUAAUUGCCUUUGAAAUUACAGCUGUGAGUUCUCCCAUGCAACUGUGCCAAAGCCCACUGUAUUUGUGAAUUUGUAUAAUCUCUGCCCUAAUGGAAAAUACGUCAAUAAAGCUUUAUGUACUGCAAUUUCCUUCAAAAAGAGGGGAAAAAAUAAACAUAAUUCUUCCAUUCUGAA